CGCCCCCCCUCCGGGCACCUCACGCCCGCCCGGGUGGAGGAGGUGGCGGCCGAGAAGCAGGCUUGGGCAGCAGAAUAUUAUAAUUGAAGGAGUUUCCCAAGUUUGGAAAAACAUAGUCACAGUCUGGAUUGUCUCCUCAUUAUUCCAAGGUUGAGGAUCUUCAUAAUCUCCCCUAGAACUGGAUUUUCACCCUAGUUUAGCAGCUUUGCUGCUCACUUAAAUACAGAUGAAUGAAGACCCCAUUUGGAAAGGCACCAGGUCAGCGAUCCAGAGCUGAUGCAGGGUGUAUCCCCCAUUAUAUGGGCCUUUUCAAUGCAUAGUGGAUCCAACAUGUCGUUUUUGCUGCCAAACUAAUUGUAUUGCAACUUUGGAAAUCAUCUCUACGUAAUUGGCUUUCCUUAUAUCUGGCAUGCAGGUGUGUCUGCCAGCAUGAUGAAGAAGAGAGCCUCCCACAAGAAGCAUCGAAACAACAUGGGACCAAACAAACCCAUUUCUCAACCCAGAAGAAAUAUUGUAGGCUGCAGAAUACAGCAUGGAUGGAAAGAAGGGAGUGGACCUGUGACUCAGUGGAAAGGCACGGUUCUAGAUCAGGUUCCUGUAAAUCCCUCCCUCUACCUUAUUAAAUAUGAUGGAUUUGAUUGUGUCUAUGGACUAGAGCUGCACAAAGAUGAGAGAGUUUCGGCACUUGAAGUUCUUCCAGACAGAGUUGCUUCAUCUCGAAUCAGUGAUGCCCACUUGGCAGACACAAUGAUUGGCAAAGCAGUGGAACAUAUGUUUGAGACAGAAGAUGGCUCAAAAGAUGAAUGGAGGGGAAUGGUGUUGGCUCGAGCACCAAUAAUGAACACAUGGUUUUAUAUUACCUAUGAGAAGGAUCCUGUCUUGUACAUGUACCAGCUCUUAGAUGAUUAUAAAGAAGGAGACCUCCGCAUUAUGCCUGAUUCCAAUGAUUCACCUCCAGCAGAACGGGAACCAGGUGAAGUUGUGGACAGCCUAGUGGGGAAACAAGUGGAAUAUGCCAAAGAAGAUGGCUCAAAAAGAACUGGCAUGGUCAUUCAUCAAGUUGAAGCCAAACCUUCUGUCUAUUUCAUCAAAUUUGAUGAUGAUUUCCAUAUUUAUGUCUAUGAUUUGGUGAAGACAUCCUAGACACCACCAUGCAAACUUUGCCAAACUUGUGGAACUUCAGUGUAAAAUUUGUAGACACAAAGACUUAACUGCUUUCCAGUUUCUUUGAAAGCUUAAAUGUCCCUGCGAGCCCACAAUCUUGCAAGGAAAACUAUUCCAUUGUGAACUUUACAAAUAGACUUAUGUGAACAUGAUACAGUUUUGUGUAAGGGAACUCCUUUUCUUGAAGGAAGCCUUCUGAAGGGGGUAUGUGAAUGAAGUUAGAGAAAACAGCAGCUGCAGAUUCAAGCUGUGUAAAAAGUGGCUCUAGCAAUGUAAUCAUUACUAUGAUUUUUGAUUUUUUUUUAACUGUAACUUUCUCUCAGCUUCUCACUUAACUGUUCAACUGCCACAUGCAAGUGUAGCUUGAUAUUAUGUUCCUUAUGUAACAUUAAAUUUUCUUGUCUAGCAGUCCUUCUUUCUGGGGGUUGGGCAAUGAUGACUAUAAAAUGUUUUAAGCAGUGUUAAGGAGUGCCUGACCUAAUUAACAUCAGUGUACUGUGAUCAGCUUAACUGUUGAGCUACUAUUACAUGAGAGUCUUAUACAUUUUAGUUGAGGAAAGGAGACCAUGAUACAUAUAAUGGAUAGUUUCAAAAAUCGCAGGUUUUUGAGAUAAUGCAAAUUGUAGGAACCAGUCAAAAUAUUUACAACAAGGAUGCCUUCAGUUCUAAAUAUAGAGAUUUUUUGUAAUUUUUAGCAGAACCCAGGUGCUUCGUGCCAUAGCAGUCUGGUUAACAUUAAAGAAUACAGCAGCUACUGGGUGUCUCAAUAUCAGAACUAGCAACUUAGAUUUCUGUGCGUGGACUUAAAAUGUGUGACAUGUAAAGACAGAUCUCAUGAACGUGAAGUCCUUUUGUAUUAAAGAGAUCUUGUGUUGCUGAGAAGGAAAAUCAUUUUGUUGCCUUCUACUUGAUCUGCUGCAUUCCUUCUCGUUUUACUGCUCUUAGUUGAAGGCACCUUUUUUCUGGCCUUUUUCUUGGGGUGCAUCCAGGCAAGACUUUCCACAGCUCAAACACGUUGUCACCUUUUGUGGUAUACAUUGUAUUUCUCGAGGUAUGCUGUUAAUGUGAACUUCAUUUAAAAAAAGAAACUCUAGAGUUCUGCAUGCUAAUGGUGUACUAUCUAACACAAGCUAAGCAGUCUCCAUGGUUCAGUCAUCUGCAGCCAGAUUGUUUAUGUAAAUAAGCCGCCCACAACCACAAUACUUUUUUUUUUCAUUUUGCAAGGUGGUAGAUGUGGUGGUUUUAUAAGUAAUCAUUGGAAAGAUAUCAGAGCAGUAACAAAGUUGUCAAGUUACCUUGAGGCAGGACAUUGCAGUAGUAAGAACUGUGUACAGAAGUAUAUAUGAAACCAUCACCACUGCUUGUGUAUAUACAGGUUUUCUUAGGAAGGGUAAGAAGAGCAUUGCUGAUUAGCUUUCAGAGGUCCAAAUUACCUCUAGUGUGGGUAUGCAUAUUGAAAACUCAGUGUGGCUUAAGCCCUCAUUUCUUUUUUUACCUGUCUUCAUAUUUUAGCCUUAAGGCUUGUGCCUCUUGCUCUUUAAUGGUAACAAAUAUACAUCACCCAAAUACAGUAUCUUAAAAUCUGUUGUCCAUUGCUACUGUUGCAUUCUGUCCAGUAUUUCAUCAUGGGCAACCAAAGGCAGACUAUUGUCUUUUUUCAUGAAGAGCUUCUCAAUGCAGUCCUUAAGCCCUAAACAUAAAUGUUUUUGUGUUAUUGAACAAAGUGAGCAGAUUUGCAACCCUGUGUGUUUUUAAUUUUUUUUUCAUCCUGCAGAUCUGUACGUUUUCUAUUGACUCUUUAGAGUCCUGCAUGUAAAUCUCAAAACUGAGCCUGGCUCCAUGAGCCCAAGUUGAUAUUUGUGGCACAAGAAUGAGUGAGUGUAUUGAAACAUACACAUGAAUUGUGGGCUACAUAAACACUAAAUCCAAGGUAUGUCUUGAGAUAUUUGCUGAGGAUUAAGUAGACCGAAAAUGUUAUUCAAAGGGCUUGCAUUUGAGGAUUUUCUGCAAGUCACUGGGAUACACCACAUUCUGCCAGUUUAGAGUAUAAUCUAUAUUCUGUAUAAAUUUUAUGGUUUUUUAAGUGUCCACAUUGUCCGCUUUUUUAAUAGCUUAGACCACCUUUUUUGAGGCUUGAGACUAAUUCUACUCCCUGCCCAUCUGCUUUGGGCUUUGUUUUAGGCUCAUGUUUCAGAUCUGCAUGCAGUGCUUGUUACCCUGGUAACUAAAUGUUGGUUCCCUGUUCUAGGGGCUCAACAUGAUUUUCCAAGUUAUCACGGGGCUUGUGGCGGCACAAGCUAUGGAUCUGUGUAUAAAAAAGUUACUGGCCUUUCUCUCAAUUUACCUGCUGUAGUAUUGUAUAUUGUGUGUUUUGCGUGAUGUCAGGCUGCCCUGUAAAAUUUUAAGAAAAACUUAAAUGCAGACCAUCCUUUUUUGCAUGCUUAGAAGGUAGAAUGUUCAGUGUAACAAACUUUAAAGUUGCAUGUUAAAAAUGUUUAGGUUUUUAGUUUUUUAUUUUGUGUUUUUUGUGAAUUUGCUUAUUGUGCUGUUUUUUAAUGGUGGUUAGUAGAAUUAAAUGCACUGGUGAGGCAAACAUAGUGCCAACAGGAGGUAACUUUCCAGGUGUAUAUGUCAUGCAGCAUUUGAAGGGACCAUGUACUUUGCUCAAAAUAAAAAUAAAGUCAGUUUAAUUAAAUGUUUUUUUUGUGCCAAAUACUAUAAAAUAAGUUGAAGUAGACUCCUAUUAGAAUCCCCCCCAAACAAUAAUGGGAUAAGCAUUUGUGCUGGCUCUUUAGCCUUCUUAAAUUGAUACAUUUUAUAAAUAAAGGCUUCUCCAAAUACACACUAAUUGCAAACAUUUCAGAGAACCUGAAAAAACAAUUCAUUUGUGGUUCCUUGGAAAUGCUGCUUUUUUAUUUUACAUCAUUAGUGCAAUUUGGAUGGUUCUUGGUAUGUGUAUAGUUCAAAGGUCUUC